UCCGGCUGUCAGAAGCUCCAGUCCUUUGUCUCCAAUGGAGUUAUUGCACAGAUCUAGCACUCGUACAUUAGAAGAGCUGGAGCCAACAGUGGAGGCAAGAGCUCUACAGCAUCUCAUAAGACAAACAACAGUAGCAGCAGACGGAUGCGCUGUUUCCUCCAGUGCAGCAGGAGACGCUGUUCAGCACUCAAGUCUCGUCGGUAACGUCACUCCGACCAUCGAAGAAACGCGAGAAGACAUCAUGGCGGGAUUAAUGAAAUCCGAAAGUGGCUUUGGAAUCGAAACCGUCAGAUUGAAAGUUAUCUUGACUGCUGUGUUGUUUUUAUUUCAUUUGUCUCAAACGUCAGGUGCCACCCGUUCCAUUAUAGAAGUUAAAGAUGGACAAGAAAUCAAAGUACAAGCCGCACAACAUUUUUGCUACAAUAAUUCUGUCGUUCCUGGAUGGAGGGAAAUCUGGACUAGAAUACAGGUGAGAGUGUGGAGCACUACAAAGCUGAAAGUGACGGUGGUUAAUGAUGAGCAGGACCUGCAGGAGCUUGAGCAUUUCAGCAUCUGGAAACUCGUGCAGUACUUUGUUCGUGAACAGACCAAUGAGACCACCGUGAGCGUCAGUCUCUUUAAUAGCAAGACCUGUUUUAGAGUGGACCCUUCAGAUUCCCGUACACUCUAUACAGUACAACCUAGUCGACAUUUUGACAUCUACUUGUUUUUGGUUUUUCUGGCUGGACUGUUGCUGUUCUUUUUUGCAGAUUCUCUGAGCAGAAGUCAAGUGUUUUACUACUCUGCUGGCAUGAGCACUGGAAUGAUCGCCUCCCUCAUCAUCCUCAUCUUCGUCAUUGGCCGUUUUCUACCCAAGAAAAGCCCAUUCUAUGUGCUGCUGAUGGGCGGAUGGUCUUUUUCUCUCUACGUCAUCCAGCUGGUGUUUAGGAAUCUCCAAAUCAUUCUUAAAGAUCACUGGCAUCUGGUUAUCGGUUAUACCAUUGUGGUUGGGUUCCUCAGUUUUGCAGUGUGUUACCGCUAUGGCCCCCUGGUGGAUAAGCGAAGUAUCAACAUCCUGUCCUGGACGCUUCAGAUCUUUGGCCUUCUGCUGGUGUACGCUGGAAUUCAGGUCCAGCAAGUGGCUCUGGCCAUCAUGAUAGCUGCAUUCUGCUCCAAGAACGUGGAGUACCCUUUUACCAAGGUCUUCAUGCUUUAUCAGAAGCUGAAGCCAAAGAAACUCGAGCCACGCCGACUGCUGACAGAAGAGGAGUAUCAGAGAGAGUCAGAGGUGGAGACUCAGAAAUCUCUGGAGGAGCUUAGGAAAUACUGCAGCAGUCCUGAGUUUAACACCUGGAAGACUGUCUCCAGGCUCCAGUCUCCUAAGAGGUUUGCAGACUUCAUUGAGGGUUCUCCACAUCUGCUGUCCAAUGAGGUGUCGGUUCAUACACAGGAGUACGGGCUGGGCGGGUCGUUCUUUGAGGAUGAGCUGUUCUCCACUGAUGAGGAAAAUCAGGAGGAGGAAGAGGAGGAGGGCUGGGAGACGGAUGAUGAUGUGAAGCUAGAUGUGGCAUCUCCACGACUCAACAACAUGCGGGUGAAAUGACUGAUGAAGUAUAUGAAAGUAUUUAAUUUAAGCAGAUCUGAGAUCUGUUCAAGUGUAGCAUUCACUGUUCUUCUGUAUGUAUCUUUUGGAGGUUUCAGUCUCUGAUGCAUUCAUAAUGGACUAUUAACAGUGAAAAUGCCCAGUUGUUUUCAUGGCUCAUAAGAAAGGCCAAAAGUUGUUUGAUUUAUUUUUCUUAUGAUCAGUUUUUAUUUGUCUUAAAUCUUUGAGUUUGAAAUUAUGCAGAGACUUCCUGUGUGAGGAGGGAACUGUGAACGCUGUGUUGUUACAUGGACUGUAUUUUAUGUGUUUUGUUUUUAAGUUUAGAAUACUAAAAUAGUGGAUCGGAAGAGGCACAUACGUUAUAGUUUUUUGUGGCCAUUGUCUGGAGCUGUAAGUCUGUAUAGGGUCAAAGGAUUGUUUUUUUUAUGAAUGAGUAAUAAAAACAGAGAAAUAC